AUGUUUCUCAUGCUGAAAAUGAACCAUAAGGCCAACGUUUCACGAGAGCCUCUCAAUGUACUGGGUUGCCAGUGGCCUGGUGCAGAUGAACCUGACUUUCCCAAAUCAGCAUCAGCUUACUUAAUGGGAGCAAAGGCAGGUCAUGAAACCAGUACAGCUAACUCCUCUUCUGUGGAGGCUAUGGAUCUGAAAUUAGAUAACGAACGUAGAUUGCAUGAAUUGAGAGAGCAAGGAAGACAGUGCCUUCUGAAUAGAAAUGAACAAAAUACAAAAGAGGAAGGAGCUGCAAAUGUGGUGGUGCGAUUUCACACAAUGCCAUGGAUAAAUAACCCUCUGAAUCCACUCUCAGAGCUUGCAGCAGGGAAUUCUCGACCAAAUAGAGCUGUUAACUACAAUCAAGUGAAUCUGGUUCCUGUCAAGCAUGAUGAAGAAGAAGAGUACUUUCCGGGAACCCGACAGCAAAAGAGAGCUCGACGCCCCAAGAAUGUGCGUGCUAAAUGUGAGACUAUUAAGUUGGAAGAAGUACCUCCAGGUCCCAAGGACAAAAUUUUUCCGGCUGGCUUUGUUCCUCCUGUAAACGCCUGGACUGUGCGCAGGGGCAGUGAAUUAUUUGAAGGCCGGAAGCUUAGCUUAACUUUAUAUGGCCCUGACAAUGAAGAUGCCUUGUAUCAACGAGCACUCCAGGAAAGCAUAGUGACUUUGUAUGAAGAGCAAGAUCGAAUUGUCAACAUGUUUAGCUCAUAUCACGGAGACACCUCGGGGCCAGCUUCAUCUGGAUGUGAGGAGCCGAAGAAGGAGAUUGAGGCUCCUGCUGCCCAAGCCUCUGGUGCAGGUGGAGCAGGUGAUGGAAGCUGGGUGAAGAGCGGAAGGUCAAGGAAUGGGACGAUGGUUGGUACAGCAUCAGAGAGUGAAGACUUAGGCAAAGGAAGGUGCUUAGAUGCAGGGGAUAGUGCCUACAGUAGGAACAGCUCCCUAGAAAAUAAUGGGAAUGGAAAAGAGAAAAGUAAUUUGACUAAAUGUGUCUAUUACAGAACACAAAGUGAUAAAAACAACAUUGAAUAUGAUAUCAAGAAAAGUGUAAAAGAAGAAAAUAAGGAAGCAAAGCUGGAAAGUCUUGGAUUUAAUAAAUCAAGAGCAGCCCAAUUUGCUCAGAGAGAAACUUCACGAAAGAGGGAAGAUAAAAGAAACAGUGGACGAUUUGAAAAGCGGCAGCUACAGGAACCAAUGGAGAUUCCAUUCAUCGCAUAUCUGCCCAAACCCGUCACAUCAGAUUUUCUAACCCCCUUGUACAACCACCAAAAUACUACUGCCAUUUGUGAUACUGGAUGUGAGAAACUAUUUGUUCCUAAGAAAUGUGACCGUUCUGACCAAGGAAGUAAGCACAUCCCCGUGAAAACAAGCAUGGAGGUGACAAUGAAGUCUCCAGAGACUCCAGACUUAAAGGAAGCUGACCGUGAAGGUGACCUUGAAGUUUCUACACUUGGUGAUUCUCAAGAAAAGGAGAAGAAAAUGAAGAAAAUGCGUGAAGAGCUGGAAUUUUUGGAUAACCGCCUUAAGCAGCUGAGUUCGGCCCUGGAGCAGACCCAUCUCAAAGACUCUGUUUCGCAAGAAUGCUCAAGCACAAAGACUGAACCUUCAGUCUCUAGGGAGAGGCAAGAGGUACCAGCGUCACCAGUUCUCACGUCAACGUUGCAAGUUCCUCUCACAUCAACAUCGCAAUGCCUCUCACGUCAUCGGCGCAAGUUCCUCUCACGUCAACGGCGCAAGUUCCUCUCACGUCAACGUCGCAUGUUCCUUCCAUGUCACGAGUGCCUCCUACAGAAACAGUGCCCAAAGAGGAAACGAGAUCCACUGAUGGACCUACAUUUAAUGCCUGGUUGGCAUCUGUUCCAAAUUCAUUGCCCUAUUUAAUGCAUCAUCAGCAGCUCCCUCAACCAAGUUUAGUUCACCCUUCAGGCGAUCUUUUCACUCAUCCUGGUGAUCACUCAAGGACUCGUAUUCCAGACCGCCCACUGGUGCCAGGUCAAGCUCAGAUGAUUGGGCCUCAGAUGCAUCGUCAAGGACCUCGGCCUGAAGACGGAGAUCAGAUGCAUCCUGAAGGACACACUCUGGCUCAUGGUCAGGGUCUCGCACACGCUUAUGCCUUUCCAGCUGCUCUGCAAACUUCUUUUCAGCUUUAUUCCCAAGGUUUUCAAGGUCACCUUCCCACUCGGCCGCAGUCUCUCCCUCACCUGCCAGCUGGUCCCCAGCUUCACCUGCAAACACACCCUCAAGCGCAAGAAAAGGUCGCUCGCCAGUUGGCAGAGCACGAGAACCUGUCACAUUACUCUAUGCAUCCAGAGGCUCACCCGGCUCAUUUGCAGCAAAAACAAGAAGCACUGGUUACAAACGCAAAGCCGGAGCAGACCGUCCCAGUUGCUCAGGUUGUUGCGGAGCAGCAGUACAUGGCCAUGCAGGGCGCUGCUGCGGCGGCUGCCGCCGCUGCUGCUGCUGCAGCUGCUGCGAGAGCAGCCUAUUCCCCUGGCUGCCCUCCAAACACAGUUCCUCUGGUCUGGAUGGGGCACCAGCUCCCUCCUGGUUCCAGCAAUUGGUACCCACAGGCCAUUGCAGCAAGAGACGCAAAAGCAGGCUGUGUGGCUGUUGAGAGCUCUGGUGGAGGGAGGCCUGUUGAAAGCGGGGAGAUUCCAGCUGCCUACAGAGCAAACCCGCUGUCAGCAGCUGUGAACUCUCUGCUUAGAAGUCAGAUUCUAAUGACACCUAACUCCACAAUUCAGAAGGGUGUGAACGAAGCUACUGCCGAUCCUGCUUCUGAGGCGGAAGCACCAGCACAUAUGCAAUGGUUUGCGCAUAUCAAAGCAUUGCAGCAGCAACAUCUAAUUCGGCAACAACAACUUCUACAACAGCAACAGCAACAGCAGCAGCAGCAGCAGCAGCAGCAACAGCAACAGCAACAGCAACAGCAACAGCAACAGCAACAGCAACAGCAACAUCAACAUCAACAUCAAUUACAACAGCAACAGGAACAGGCCUCGGGUGCUGGUAUUGGGUAUCCUGCUUGCCCAAGUUCCGCUGCCUCCGCACUGGAGGGCUCUGUUCCUGUGGAGUGGCUUGCUCACUUGCAGGCUCUCCAGCAACAGCAGCAACAGCAACAGCAGCAGAUGAUGCACUUGGCGGGCAUGGUGCCGGGGAUGCGUCCUCCUUUGCCAAUCCACCAAGUACCUGUUCCUUUUAUGGCUGCUGGUAUCCCAGGUAUCAGCUGGCCAGUCUGUCCUCCUGUGGGAAAGAUUCCUCCACAGUACGAGGGUGAUUGGAUCAUAAGUCCUGCUGAUGAAUCUCGUCUCGCCCAGGGAUUGCCACUUGUACCCAAUGAAAUCCGUAAUGAUUUAUCGCCUGGAAGGAAUAAUGUCCCUGGUCUAGCCCAGUUUUCAGAUGCUGCCGAGAGUUCCACAGGUUCUGGACAUGUGUUUGGUUAUGCUGAAGCAGGACCUCUAAAGGUUGCCCAUCAUCCAGUGCCACUGACGGGGCUGAAACAGUCCACCGUGAAUGCUCAGGUGAAUGUAAUUCCUGCUCUGGCAGUUUCGGCAGAAAGUGUGUUGGUGGAGCCUCCUGGGUUACAAAGAAGAGGAAAGGCCCACCCAGACGUACCGAGGGGACGUGGACGUCUCCGGUAAAUGUACUAAACUGAAUUGCAACUCAGUUGCACAUCAAAUGUUUAAAAGGUGCUGAAGUUUACUAGAGUUGUACCUGUAUAUUAUUGUUUUCAUUUUCGUUCUGUGAUUUACAAACUUUUUCAAGAAAUAUUAAAAAAAGCAUUUUUUGUUUGUUAUAAGUGUGUGUGUAACACUAUUGGUAGUACACUGUCAAUAUAAGAUAAUUCCAGUACUAUAAACAGGAUAUCACUAUUCUUAUUACAGUUAUUCAAAACUUAAAUUGUGAUGCUUAAAUUGUGCAUUAAUUACACUGUAUAAUGCAUACAUGUAGUACUAUGAAGAUGUCUGAUGAAAAUUUCAAAAAUUCUUUUAAAAACUUUAAUCAUUUAUCCGUCUAAAAGUACUUUGAGUAGACUUUUAAACGAUAUUGUGAUAAUAAAGAGUAUUCAAAGUUUACCUGUGAUGUUGAUCUAAUAAUGUAGGGGGUAGUAGAGAAACUCUUAUAAACAAUAUAAGAGAAAAUGUGGAUUUUCUUUUUGUGAUAACUCAGCUCAUCUGAUUAAUCCAGUUAUUAAGAACAUGUCUAAUUUGUUAGUUUUGAUUUUUGGGAAAAUGAUGUUUUCUUGAGUUUUGUGUUUUUAUGUGAUCAAUUAUUAGUGUUCAGAACUGAAUUUUGCAUAAACAUUUGGUUUGUGUUAAUUCUUCUAAAAGAAAUUGUCAUGAUUGAAAUGGAAAAAAUAUGUGGUACAUAACUCAUUUUGAACCAAUGUUAGUAUAUUUGCUCUUGUUUCUUCUUCUUUACCUUUUUCUUCAAACAUUCAAAAUUAAUGUUCUUUGUAAGAAAUUAUAGGUACCAAGCAAAACAUACUUUUCCUUCUCGUUUUUGUGAAGUAAACAUAUUUAUCAUCAUAAUUUCUUUGUUUAUUUUUGUUUUUCUAGUAUUACAAUAAUUAUUCAUUACCUUUAUGCAGACUGAAUCUUAGUUUUUAUUACAUUGUACCUGCUUCAUUUAUUCAUAUUCGUAAGUUGACUUUUUGUGUUACUUGCAGAGGCGAACUAGUUGAGGUGUAUUAGAUACGUAGCUUGUAUUGAUAUUCAGUAUUGUAUUUUUGAAAGUUCAUGUUUUUUUAUUGUGCUUUAGUUAUGCACAAUAUCUACUUUUAUACAGAAUUUUAAAAUAAAAGCAUUUUGAAAAUAUUGUUUUAAUUUCUGUCCCUUUGGCGGAGACUGCACAUCCACAAAAUCCAGCGGAUUUAUGAACAU